AUUAGUACUCUUUUAUCAUAUUUUUUGUUUAUUGUUUGUUUUAGCGAGUUUUAGGUGCUGUAACUUACACAAUAGUAACAAAAUCGCCGAAACGGUUCUUGUAUUCUUCUUUUCGUACUGUUGUCACUUCGUACCAAGAGGAAAUGGAAUGCGGAUUUUCGUAUUAUUGCGCAUGACAAGCAUAUGCACUGUUGCUUAAAGCCUAUUGUGUAAAUUUACAAACUGUGAAAUUUGUAUAAACACAAAUAAUUUGUAAUUUUACAAAUUAUUUGUAAAUUUACCAGUUUCCUAGACCUGAUGUACGUGAUACGAUUACCGACUUAUGAAACAGAUUAUUGCCUUGCACAAAAAAAUCGUUUAACAGUUUUCUCUCAUAGAAAUAUCAGGUCUAACUUCCAGCAAGGAAAUAAAAGCUGACAAGAUGUACAGUAAAGACACACUUUGUGAGAAGUUAAUAUAACCUGAUUUGAAAAAAUGUGGUGUUCAAAAAAAAAAGAUGCUCAGCCUCUGUAAAAUGACCCAUAGAUGUUAUAUACAUGUAUGUGAUAAAACAUUUACUCAACAAAGUUCCCUGAAAACACAUAUGAAAAUUCAUACUGGUGAGAAGAAUGUAUGUAAAAUAUGUGAUAAAGACAUCUGACAAUUCAUACUGGCGAGAAAGAUCAUGUAUGUAAAAUUUGUGAUAAAGCAUUUUCUCAACAACAAUAUCUUACAAUACAUAUGGCAGCACAUACUGGCGAGAAGAAUCAUAUAUGUAACAUAUGUGAUAAAGCAUUUUCUCAACAAGCUUCUUUGAACAAGCAUAUGACAAUACAUACUGGCGAGAAAAUACAUACAUUUAAAUGUAAAUUAUGUGAUAAAGCAUUUUCUUAUCAAAGUAGUUUGAUUAGACAUAUGACAAUACACACUAGUGAGAAGAAUCAUAAAUGUGGAAUAUGUGACGAAUCAUUUUUUCUUAGAGGUGAUUUGAUCAGACAUAUGACAAGACACACUGGCGAGAAGAUUCAUAAAUGUGGAAUAUGUGACAAAACAUUUUCUCAACGAGGUAGUUUGAUCAGACAUAUGACAAUACAUACUGGUGAGAAGAAUCAUAUAUGUAACAUAUGUGAUAAAGCAUUUUCUCAACGAGCUUCUUUGAACACGCAUAUGACAAUACAUACUGGCGAGAAAAUACAUACAUUUAAAUGUAAAUUAUGUUAUAAAGCAUUUUCUUAUCAAAGUAGUUUGAUCAGACAUAUGACAAUACAUACUGGUGAGAAGAAUCAUAUAUGUAACAUAUGUGAUAAAGCAUUUUCUCAACGAGGUUAUUUGAACAAGCAUAUGACAAUACAUUAUAGCAAGAAAAAUCAUGUAUGUAAAAUUUGUGAUAAAGCAUUUUCUCAAAAACGAUAUCUUACAAUACAUAUGACAAUACAUACUGGCGAGAAAAUACAUACAUUUAAAUGUAAAUUAUGUGAUAAAGCAUUUUCUUAUCAAAGUAGUUUGAUUAGACAUAUGACAAUACACACUAGCGAGAAGAAUCAUAAAUGUGGAAUAUGUGACAAAUCAUUUUUUCAACGAGGUGAUUUGAUCUCACAUAUGACAACACAUACUGGCGAGAAGAAUCAUAAAUGUAAAAUAUGUGUUAAAGCAUUUUCUCAACGAGGUACUUUGAACAGGCAUAUGACAAUACACACUGGCGAGAAGAAUCAUAAAUGUGGAAUAUGUGACAAAUCAUUUUUUCAAUGAGGUAAUUUGAUCACACAUAUGACAAUACGCACUGGCGAGAAGAAUCAUUAAUGUGGAAUAUGUGACAAAACAUUUUCUCAACGAGGUGCUUUGAUCAGACAUAUGGCAACACAUACUGGCGAGAAGAAUCAUUUAUGUUACAUUUGUGAUAAAGCAUUUUCUCAACGAGCUUCUUUGAACAAGCAUAUGACAAUACAUACUGGCGAGAAAAUACAUACAUUUAAAUGUAAAUAAUGUGAUAAAGCAUUUUCGUAUCAAAGUAGUUUGAUUAGACAUAUGACAAUACACACUAGCGAGAAGAAUCAUAAAUGUGGAAUAUGUGACAAAUCAUUUUUUCAACGAGGUGAUUUGAUCACACAUAUGACAACACGUACUGGCGAUUAGAAUCAUAUAUAUUACAUAUGUGAUAAAGCAUUUUCUCAACGAGGUUAAUUACUUUUCGUUAGUCAGUUUUUCACAGAGUUCUCCAAGAAAGUCUGCACUUCAAUGAUUACAGUCAGUCACGGAUUUAUAUUACUAUAUUGUGUAAUAUAAAUCCGUGAGUCAGUUCAUAAAAACGAUUGUUACAUGUGUCAGUUUGGAAAUGAAAUAUUGGCGGAGCUUAGAUAAUAUCCCGGCUACUUUUGUUAUUAUACAUGGACUUGUAUAAAACUAUAAGGUAUAAAUUUUCAUUCUCAUACUUAAGAAUGUUAUUACAAUUAAAAAAGAGACUAUAUAAAACACAAGCGACUGUUCUGUGCCAUUGCUGUUCAUGUAUAAACCAUCCAAGACCAAAGUAUUUAAAUAGGAAUCAUCCCACAGUUAUUUGCCUUUCGUUGGCCACAAUCAUGAAGUAAAUCCGCAUAAAAGAGUGCCUGUGUUUAAUGCCAAAUAUUAAUGAAAAAUAGAACGAGUGAGAUUGGAAAAGGACAUUUUCUGACAGAGUUCAUUACAAAUAGCUGGUAAAUGUUCAUAUAAGUAACACGUGAUAUCGUGAAAAUGUUUUAACCUAAUAUGAAGUGAAUUUAGAUCUGGUCCUGCAGAUAAUAUUUUGUUUUUACACUUAAUAUUAAUUUUAGUCUAUGGUAAAUAUAUCGUCCAAAAAUAAAUAAA